AUGGCUCAGUUUAGACCCAUUAGCUUAUGUAACGUCAGCUACAAGAUAAUCUCUAAGGUCUUAUGCCAAAGACUAAAGAAAGUGCUACCAGGAUUGAUAUCAGAGACUCAGUCAGCCUUUGUUGCUGGGAGACAGAUCUCUGAUAACAUCAUGAUUGCUCAGGAGAUGUUCCACGCUCUCAGAACUAAACCUAGUGGACGCAAUAAGAGAAUGGCCAUCAAGACAGACAUGAGCAAGGCAUAUGACAGGAUGGAAUGGUCCUUUAUUGAAGCGGUCAUGCGAAAAAUGGGGUUCUCAGAGACAUGGAUCACAUGGAUAAUGCGGUGUAUAACGUCGGUGAAAUACAAGCGGAUUAAUGUGGCUAUGAGACAAGAGCUUAAAGAUGUGCUUGGAAUACAGAACGAGGGCGGAAUGGGAACCUAUCUGGGUAUUCCAGAAGAUAUAAGUGGAUCCAAGUGCAAACUUUUUGCAUUUCUAAAGGAGAAGUUGAUGCAUAGAGUGAAUGGAUGGACAGGUAGAUGGCUGUCGAAAGGAGGGAAGGAAGUGCUGAUAAAGUCCAUUUUGCUCGCCUUACCAACAUACGUGAUGUCUACUUUCCUUCUCCCAUUGGAGAUAUGUGAAAAUCUUGCUAGUGCCAUUGCACAAUUCUGGUGGAGUUCAAAUCCACCAAAAAGAGGGAUACACUGGGCAAAGUGGGAAAAAGUUUGUUUACCAAGAGAGGAGGGUGGGAUCGGUUUUCGCAUGAUCCACGAGUUCAACUUGGCGUUACUGGCAAAACAAUUAUGGAGACUAGUUCAAUUCCCUGAUUCUUUGGUUGCACGAGUCUUGAGGGGGAGGUACUAUAGAUUGUCCUCUCCAUUGAGAGUAAACACUGUCACCAGCCCAUCCUAUGUGUGGACAAGCAUUUCUGCCGCAAGGAAAUUGUUAUUACUGGGGAUUAGACAGAAGAUACAUUCAGGACAUGAAGUCAAGGUGUGGGAGGACCCGUGGGUUCCUACAACUCCUGCGAGGCCAGCUAUUCCCAUAGCACAAGUUAUGCACCCGAAUAUGAGAGUCAGUGAUCUUAUUGACCAGGCAUCGAAGGAAUGGGACAUUGGCUUAUUGGAGAAUUAUGUCAGUCCUGAGGACAUAUCUCUCAUAAGAAGUUUAGCCAUAAGCUCAACUCAUCGUCGCGAUACAUUUUGCUGGAACUACACGAGGAAUGGCCAAUACACGGUUAAAUCCGGAUACUGGCUGGCUCAGAAUGUGCUAAAGCCAUCGGCUGAGAAGGAAGUUCUAGAGCCAAGUAUCACCAAGCUCCAAGCCUUUGCUUGGCAGAUAAAGGCACCGAAGAAGAUAUGUCAUCUUAUAUGGCAACUGUUAACGGGUCAUGUGGCAGUAACGAGGAACUUAACAAGACGCAAUAUGAGGUGUGACAAUUACUGUCCGAGAUGUGGAGAACUAGAGGAAACAGUAACCCAUGCCAUUUUUGAAUGUCCACCAGCUCUCCAAGUUUGGUCAUUAUCGUCCACUCCGACAAGCCCAGAUAUAUUUCCCGUAUCAAGUGUCUACACGAAUAUGGACUUUCUGUUUUGGAGGAAGAAUAGCAUUAUUGAGCCAGAACUCGACAGAGAUCCUUAUCCCUGGAUAAUAUGGUAUAUUUGGAAGGCUAGGAAUGAAAAACUUUUUAGGGGUAUAGACAGAGAUCCUUUGGAACUAGUUCGACAUGCAGAAAGUGAAUGCAAAGCCUGGUUUGAUGCUAACGAACUGGUGCAACCAGUGGUACAAGAUAACAACCCGGUGGCAACCCAAGUCAUAAGCUUGGGUAAUAUCUGCUUAUUAGAUGGAUCUUGGACAUCUUCUGCUCAAUUCAGUGGAUGCGGAUGGGUAUGGAUGGACAGUAAUGGGAACAUUCAACUUAUGGGAACAAGGAACUUCACUCGGCGCGAAUCAGCCUUGCAUUCGGAAGUAGAAGCACUGCGAUGGGCGAUGGAGAAUAUGCUUCAACACUCAACAUGUCAGAGUUUUGGAACGGAUUGUAAGGAGCUGAUUGCAAUGAUAAAGGACCCUCAGGCGUGGCCAAGUUUUGCGACGGAGUUGGAGAGGAUAGAGACGUUACAGAUAUGCUUCCCGGACUUCAGCAUCAUGCAUAGGAAAGAGACUGGAAGAGGUGUUGAGGCAGCGAAGAAGAGCAACGACGGCGGGUACAUCCGGAGGAUCUGGUGGUUCCGGCGGAGUGACGAGAGAAAGAGGGAAGCCAACGGGAGGAACUUGCACGGUGGUGGGUCAGGAGGAGGCCUGAACAGCGGACAGAGAGGAGCAGUCACCAUCAUCAUCACGAGGAAAGGGGGAGCUGCUUCACGUGGUGGAGAGCUAGGCGAAGGUGGAGGAGCAGAGGAGAUCCAUCCAAGCGGCGUACAUCAGGACUCGGGCCUGGGAGGUUUCUUCUAG